AUGACGUGGACAAGGGGUCCCACAAUCGGCCGGGGCUCCUCCGCCGUUGUGUCCCUAGCCACCGGCGCCGACGGCGACAUCUUCGCCGUUAAGUCUGCCGAUCUUUCAUCUUCCGCCUUUCUGAGGAGGGAAGAAACUCUGAUUUCCCACCUCUGCUCCCCUCACGUCGUCAAGUGCUUGGGCUCAGACACAACCCGCGAAAACGACAGACACAUUUUCAAUCUGUUCCUGGAGUAUGUUCCCGGCGGCACGCUCUCCGAUCAGAUCAGAAAACGCGGCGGCGCGCUCGAUGAAACCGCGAUUCGCUCCUACGGCCGCCAAAUCCUGCUGGGGCUGAGCUACCUCCACCAGCAGGGGAUGGCCCACUGCGACAUCAAGGGCCAGAACAUCCUGGUCGGGGACGCCGGCCUGAAGAUCGCCGACUUCGGGUGCGCGAGGUGGGCGGCCCACGGCGGUCCCGGCGCCUUCUCCGGCACGCCCGCGUACAUGGCGCCGGAGGUCGCCCGUGGCGAGGAGCAGGGCCUCGCGGCGGACGUGUGGGCCUUCGGCUGCACGGUCGUCGAGAUGGCCACCGGAUCCGGGCCCUGGCCGGAGAUGAAGGAUCCGGCGGCGGCGCUAUACAGGAUCGCGUUCUCCGGAGACCUGCCGGAGACACCGGACGGAUUGUCCGACGCGGCCGGCGACAUGCUCGCUAGGUGUUUGACGAGGGACCCGAGAGAGAGGUGGACGGCGGCUCAGCUCCUGCAGCACCCGUUCUUUGAUUCCGUUGAGGAGGAGGAGAUUGAGUGUCGGGAAAUUCAGGAGCUAAUAAGAAAGUCUCCGACUAGUGUGAUGGAUCAAGGGAUUUGGGACUCUCUGGAGGACUCCCAAUUCUCUGAAACUCCGGCUGAAAUCGAAUUAAAUUUGAUUUCCCCGGCCGACCGGGUCCGGGCUUUGGUCGGAGGUCAUUUUCCGGCAAGCUUGGCGUUUUCGGGCUGGGCAGAUGGGGAAGAUUGGAUCACGGUCAGAGGCAACGAAGUUCAAAAUUCUGAAGAUUUAUUCCAAAAUUCUUCCGAAAAUUCAAUUCAAAACUCUGAAGAUUUAGCAGUGGAAGAAGUCGUGACGGUGGUCGAACAAACUGAUUUGGUAAAGAUAUUCAAGUCACUAUUCAUUUGA